AUGGCGUCGCUGGGGCGGCUCAAGUCUUCCAUCUUCGAUAGGGAGGAGAGGAAGAUGCAGUACCAAUCGCACAUCCGCGGGCUAAACGCCUAUGAUCGCCAUAAGAAGUUCAUGAAGGACUAUGUUAAGUUUUAUGGCCAUGAGAAAAAUGUGGAUAGUAGUUUGCCCAUCAAAACUGAUAAAGAUACACUGAGAGAAGGAUACAGGUUCAUUCUUUCCGAGGAAGAUGACAUGGAUUCAACUUGGGAGAAGAGGCUGGUCAAACGUUACUAUGACAAGCUUUUUAAGGAGUAUUGCAUUGCUGACAUGACGCAUUACAAAAAAGGCAAGAUUGGAUUGAGAUGGAGAACAGAAAAGGAGGUGAUAUCUGGCAAGGGACAAUUUAUCUGUGGUAAUAGGCAUUGUGAUGAAAAAUAUGGUCUAGGUAGUUAUGAGGUCAAUUUUUCUUAUGUUGAAGCAGGGGAACAGAAACAAGCACUAGUGAAGUUGGUAGCUUGCAAAAGAUGUGCAGAAAAGCUUGCUUAUAAGAGGCAAAAGGAGAAAGAGAAGGAAAAUGAGCUCUCUGGUGAAAAGGAAAUUGAAUUGAAAGACAGCGACAAGAGAAAGAGAAAACAUGAGCAAAAUGACGAUACCUCGGAGGACGAGGACGAGAAAUAUAGAAGAAAGAAAAAAGACCGGAGUGGAGCUUCUUCAAGGAGUUCAGGGAAUAAUGACGAAGGCUUCGAGGAGUACCUCGAAGGCAUGUUUCUGUGA